AUGUCCCCGAAGGAAAUUAGAGAGGAUGAGAUCGAGACAUUCCUCACCAAGUUGAGGGCAGCAGAUACCGACAAGAGGGUUGAUCAGAUCCAGUUCUUCGGUCUCAAGCUAGAAGACGCUUCCUCGCUACCCGAAGCGACGCUCGAUGCCAUCACUCAAUCUCUGACCCCGCUCAUCCGAUCCUCAUCUCAGCUACUGGUCACUUCAGUACUCAGCCAUUUCCUGACCCUCUACAUCCCACUCCUCCCUCUCGCGCCGCCUCGACAUCUUCAGCUCGUCCUCGUCCAGCUUCUCCCAGCCCUUCUGGAAAAGCUCAACGAUCCGAAAGAGCGCGUCCAUUCCGCUGCUGCGGCGUGCAUAGCGAUCCUCGGGAAACGAUGCUACGAGGCUGAAGCAGGUGCGGGAUUGAGCGGGCUGGCGAGCUCCGCCUCGGCCAAGGGAAAGGAGAAGGAGGGACUGGUGGGCACGUGGGAGCGGAGCAUGAAGGAGGUACUGGCGGGCAAGGGAACAAGAGGGAAGCUCGAGUCUAUGAAGCUCCUCGCCAGCAUGAGGGGCGAAGAGGGUACAAGACUACCGCUCAAGCCAUGGUUGGCACCGUUGGUGGAAUUGCUGGAAGACGGGGAUGGACCGGUACGGGAACAGGCGCGAGAGAUCCUCGUCGUCAUGCUUUCGCCAGCCUCAACUGCGCCAGCGGCACGGUCGGAGCUCAAGAAGCUACUCGCGGCUCGAAACGUCCGAAAGACCAUCGCAGAUCCGAUCAUGAAUCGGAUCUUCAGCGGACCUGUCCAGCCUACACCGCGCGUCGGAGAAGAGACAUCUAUAGGAGAGGAAGCGGCGGCUGCAGAGCAAAAGACAGGGGGUACGCCUGUCGGGGAGGAGAUUGCUGUCGUUCAUAUAGCCAGUCCAAGAGAUCUAGAGGGGGAAUUCGCCAAGAUGUUCCCGCACUUCGAAGGCCGAGAAACCGAGCAGAAUUGGCUACUUCGCGAGAAGUCAGUCAUGCGUAUCUUGAGUUUGCGGACGACUGUUUCUCAGCAAUGUUGUGCCCUCAUGCAGGAGCUGCCGGAACAUCUGGGCUCGUCCUUCGACCCGUUCGUCGAGAGCGCAUUGCCUAUACUUGGAAAGAUGGCCGGCCUAACCAAGAAAAUCACCGCGGACAAAUCUCAGCGAGCCCUGGUUGCCAUAAUCAUCCACACUACCUGCCAUCCCCGGCUGCUCAUCGCUCAUCUAUCGGCCGGGAUCGGAGACAAAAACGUCCAAUGUCGCCAUUAUGCCGCGUCCCACCUCAAAGUCUUCCUGGACGUUCAAGGUCAACGGACCAAGUCAGCGAUGGAGUCCACGACGGGUUUACUGGACAUGCUGGAUGGCGCAAUCAAGCGUGGCCUGGCAGACGUCAAUCCAGCGGUACGGGACUUGGCUCGCGCUGCAUUCUGGUCGAUGCACUCCAUCUGGCCAGUGCGGGCCAAGGGUAUCAUGGAGGGUCUGGAGGGGUCAGCGAGAAAGCAGUUGGAGAAGGCCAAUCCUGGAGAGGCGAGCGCGGUGGUACAAGAGGUAGCGGCAGCUCGGCCGACUGUGCCAAAGCGGCAAAGCGCGAUCUCGGCCCUGCUGGCGGAGAAGCGCCGGGCUGCAAAGGCAGCCCAGACGGCCACCACCAACGCGGACCAUAUGGGCUCGCCCAGAAUCGUCUCCAAUCCCAUACCGAGCUCGCCCGCUGUCCAGCAGGGCGGUACACCACGGGCAGCUUCGUCGACGUACGCCACACCGCUCAAAGGUCGGAUGACGAGGACUCUGCCAUCGCCCGCCGCAUCCACGUCGUCUUCACCUCGCAAUACUACUCCGUCCAGAGCAUCCUCAAGCGCAGCCGUAACCACCCCAAAGCUCGGCGCAAAAGCGGGUCUAGCGUCGCCGAGAGGCGACUCGUCCAGAUCCCGCUCGUCCAGCUUGGCGAGGACAGUGUCGCAAUCCCCUCCACCUCCCACCUCCCCGAGCGCAAAGUCUAGCCUUAGGCCGAGCCACUCGUCCACCCGCUCAAGCAGCGCUGCGACGAUGGACAGUCUCCGUACUCCCACUCUCAAACGUCGACCUAUCCCCUCAUAUGCGACCAACGAGAAUAUCGGUCUCGGAAUCUCGCACUCGCCAGCCCCGAACGGGCAGGGUAAAUCACCUGAUCGCAGUCCAUCCGUCGGUCCCGCACAAGACGUGGUGGAUGAUGCACUGCGGGCACAGGCGAAUCAGGCGAUCUCGGCGGCUCAGCAGUUACUGGACUUUGAGGAACCGUCUCCUUCCACGCCGGCUAGGGCGUCGCUGUUUCCUCAAAGGAAUGGCAGCGACCUGCUGAGGACCCCUGUUAAUGGGAUAAAGAACGGGAAUGCAUGGGAAGACUCGCCAAGAAAUCAAGCGGUCACGCCGAUGUUCCUGGAGAAGCUCAAGGGGAGGAGGUAUGAGCGGAGCUGGUGGGCGCGGCAACAACAGUUAUUGGAAAAGGCCUCACCGCUCAAGCAGACCGGAGCAGCGGCAACUUCGGCCUCUCAACUCCAGCCAGAUCUGGAAGCUCUACAAAGCGGUCAGCCGGGCAUCCGGAACCUGCAGAAGCUUCUGCUCUACUCGUCAGAACAUCCUAUACCUGCUCUCGGACCGAAUGUGGACGAGGAUGAUGUAGAGGAUGCCAAGAAGAUCUGGGAGGAGGAUAGGCUGUUUGAGCGGAUCUUUGACGGGUUGAUGGCGUUCUUGAGUCCUGAUCAGUCGGAGAGCCUGCUGGAGCAGGCACUGGUACUGCUUUGGGAAAUGGUACAGCAUCAGUGGGCGCUAUUUGAGGAUAGAGAAGCUAGUCUUGUCGAUGCCUUGUUCCGCUUGAGGGCUUGCGCAAGUCAUACGAUUCUGGAAUCUACCUACUCCCUCUUAUCUCUCCUCACAUCAGUGACGGACCAUCUCAUCCUCCUCGGCGUCAUCCGCUCUUCCCUCGAUACCUUCCUAGCCCACCAUCCCGCACCUCCACCUUCCGAAUCCGCGGUCGACCUGGCCGACUCCACUUCAGCUCCCCCUCCUUCCGCUCAAACACAAAUCCGUACCUCUGGGUACAUCUUCGCGCUGAACGGCCUGGGGAUGUGCAUCCUCCGGCUCCCCGCGCCCGUCGUGCUCGUCGAAGCUUCCCGGCUCGAAUCGCUCGUCAUGACCGCUCUCUCCAGCUCGGCCAUCACCGUCCGCCAAGCUGCCAAUACCCUCAUCCUCGCCGUGCAAUGUGUAUUGGGGGAUUCGUCCGCUACUCUUGCGCUGUUCCCGCAGAUGAGCGCAACGCAGCGGAAUCUGGCGACGUACUUGAUGGAGACGAAUGGACUGCAACUACGCCCUGUUGCGAAGAGAGCGGGCGCGGCUGAGACCAACGGAGAUGAGGACAAGGGAGGAAACGAGGAGAGGAAGGAGAAGGUAUUAGGGGAGAUGGACGCUUUGAUGCUUCGGUCGAUGAAUUAG